UUUUCUGACCGUCAAGUCAAACGUCUCCCUGUCUAAGCAAGAGCCAGGACUGCGGAUCAGCCAUGAAGUCCUCUCUGAUGCUGAUGCUUGGUUUGUGUCUCCUGACGGCUCUCACCGAAGGCAUCACCGUCCGGGUCCAAAACUUGUCCUUCUCCUGGGAUUCGGUCAAGGCCCUGAAGAAAGUCCUGGAUGUGGCACCCCAAAACCCACGUCCCCGUAACCGGGGACCGGCACCCGUGUGCUUGCACCCCGAACUCCCCCGUGAAUUCGUGCCUCUCUGCUCCUCGCCGAAGGGCGCCGAAGUAUUCCGGACUCUCGACCGCAUUGCCAGCGACCCCGAGACCUGCGAGAUCUGUUUUAACGUCGCCUGCUCUGGUUGCUAAGUGAGAACCGGCCGUUCUCUUCACCGUUGGUCACCUGGUGGUGACCCAUCCUGGUCUUCCUGUUGUGGCCUCCUACAACCUCUUGUUCGUAGUCACUUCCGGGUCAUCUCCAUACAAUUCAGGACUGGCAGAAUGAGAGAAAGAGAGAGAGAGAGAGAAAUGAGCUAGCCACGAUCCUGGAAACAAAGUCUCCUUCUCAGUCACUGCAUUCACACCUUUACCCUAAGCCAUUGUUUCCUUCAUCAUAGUUUGUUGGUAUCAUGGAAUAAAACCGCACUCGGAUGGGUUCUAUCGCA